AUGGAAUUUUAUUUUUCCAGUUUUGAACUGUUACUGUUUGAAAUAGCCUGUUCUCCCCCCGUACUGUGCACAAUAAUAUACAGGGCCCCAAAAUACAGUAAGGACUUUAUAAAGGAAUUUGCUGCAUUUCUAACUGAAGUCACGAUAAAAUAUGACUCCUUUCUUAUUGUUGGGGAUUUUAAUAUUCAUGUGUGCUGUCCAGAUAAGCCCAUAGUUAAAGACUUUUUGAAUCUUACUGAUUCUUUUAAUUUAGUUCAAUGUGUGUCUGCACCCACGCAACAGUGUGGCCACACUCUCGAUCUGGUUUUAGCGCACUCAUUGCCUGUUUUUAAUCUGAAAGUCUCUGAUCCUGUUUUCUCUGAUCAUAUGCCGGUUCUGUUUGACAUCUCUUUAUCUAGAAAUGAAUUCAGGGGGCAUGUCCCCGCUAAGACAUCUCGUUUGUUAAAGUCUUCCACUGCAGCACGGUUCUCCUCCUACUAUAAUCAGCUCUCCAUUCCUGAGACACUCCUAUACAUAGAGGAACUUAGUUUUUGGUUUCAUACCACUUGUCAGACUGUCUUGGAUAUUGUUGCCCCUCUAAAAAUCAGGCAUCCUAAGACUAAGUUUGAACCCUGGUUGAAUGAUGAAACCCGUGCAUGUCGUAGGGCUGAGCGGAGAUGGAAAAAAGAUAACUUACAGGUCUCUUUACAAAAUUUAAGAGAGCGCUGGGCCUUAUAUCAGCUUACAAUAAAAGAAGCAAAGCGGAAAUACUUUGCAAACAUUAUUAUGGUAAAUUAUCAGAAACCACAUAUAUUGUUUAAGUCAACUGAGACUAUUUUAAGCCCUCACUCUGCUCUUAGUUUUGAGCCUUCACAUGAAAUGUGUGAAACGUUUCUGCACUUCUUUAUAAACAAGGUAGCCUCGGCUAGGGCACAGAUUAUUUUGCCCACAUCUGACCCCUCUGAUCUUCUCGACUGCAGCUAGCUCAGAAUGCUGCUGCACGCCUUUUAACUGGUACUCGUAGAUGCGAGCAUAUCACCCCAGUUUUAUAUUCACUUCAUUGGCUGCCUGUGCAUUUUAGGAUCCAUUUUAAGCUGCUUUUAUUUGUUUUUAAAUGUUUGUCCAAUGCUGCCCCUCUGUACCUCUCUGAGCUUCUUCAUCCAUACAUACCUUCUCGGUCCCUCAGGUCGGCAGACCAGCUCCUCCUGAGUGUGCCCAGGACUAAUCGUAAGCUCAGAGGGGAUCGGGCGUUUGCUGUGGCAGCACCAAAGUUGUGGAAUGAGUUGCCUUUACAUGUUAGACAGGCACCUUCCUUAUCUGUUUUUAAAUCACGUCUUAAAACAUAUUUAUUUACCUUGGCUUUUAGCACAGCAGGACUUGUUGAUGUCUCUUAAUAUGUUAAUUAUAUUUUUAAUUUUAAGAUAUUUUAUAUGUAAUUUAAACUGUUUUUUCUCUGUUUUAUAUUUGUAGCACUUUGGUCAACAUUGUUGCAUGUAAAGUGCGUUAUAAAUAAAUAUGCUAUGCUAUGCUAAUAAAUUUGCUAAAAUAAAACCAUGAAGCUAUUCCUCCAGAGAACCUCAAUACUUUAAGAAAGGGGUGCAAAAUGCACAGCCAUCCAUUCAAACAUUCUGCUGAGGCUCAAAUGACACUAUAUACGUUUCACAUAGUUUCAGUGGGUGGUGCUUUGGUAUAUUUCUGCUGCAGUGUAAACAGACAGGUCCACAGCACAGCGGUCUGAGGAAGGAAGCGAGCAGUGCAGACAGAGACAGAACAAACAAAAGACAAAAUCAGGUCCAAAGUCUGAUCUGUGAAGCAGCUCUAUCCUCUACAAAGCUCUGCUCUGAAUAUCUGAGUCUGUUUGCUGAUCUCUUUUCCUUGAAUCCUUCCAUGGGACCCACCUGACCGUCACGCGUCACAAGCUGGACUACACGCAUCUCUGUCUGGACGCUGGUUCUCUGUUAUCAGGUUGCUCCUUUUUCAUCGUAAGACUUCACCUGCCUGCCCGUUGCUCCCAGUAUAUUCUGGACCCUCUCUGGACACUCCUGAGCACUGUGUUCACGCCCGUUUUGCCUCCCUCUGUGUCUGCAUUUGAGUCCACACACACAGCAUGGCCCUCUCGGCCAUAACAAUGGGUUCUUGUUCCCCUGCUUUGCUUUAUCUAAUGCGCCAUGUCUUUUGUCCCCUGAAAGCUGAUUAUAAAACUAUAGUAAGUAUAGUAGUAAAGUAUGUUGGACAGAAUCAAUGAAGCCAAAGAGGAGUACCUGAGGGGAGAUUACUGAAGUAGCUUCUGGAUGUUUAAAAUACUGCUCAUGUGCAGCCAUGUGUGAAGUUGUUGUCUAUCAUCUCUUUCGUCUCAUUUCCACCUCAUUUCUCAGAACGUGUCACACACAUGUGCAGGUCAGAUUUCUGGUAUGAAUGACCCAGUGUUUUAUAUGUGCCUUUUAUUGGUUGGUUUACAAAAGAACUGUAAUGUUGCAGUGAAAUUCACCUCUGUGUCCCUAUGUUAGACUCUAGGUGUCAACCAAAUAUUACAGUAUUACUGGAAUUAAUAUCAGAAAACUGUUGAAGAUGCUAAGAGAAAACAUUUUGCUGCUAUUAUUCAGGCAAAUUCCUGUAAGCCUCACGUUUUAUUUAAAAUGAUUGACAUGGUCCUUCAUGCUCCACAGACUGUCGGUGUCGAAUCCACUCGGGAAAUUUGUAUAUUUGUAUCAUCUGUGAAAGUGCAGAUUUCCCAAUCCACUCUGGACCCUUCUAUCCCUGUCCUUAGCUCUGUUGUCUUUGACAGGUUUGGGCCAGUUUCUUUGCUCUGCCUGCAGGAGUUGGUUUCUCACCUGAAGCCCCCAGGUUCCCCUUAUGAUGCUCUCCCUCCUCAAUUUUUCAAAUAGGUUUUCUUCAUUAUAGCACUAUUUGUACAAUCCAUUGUAAAUAGCAGUCUGUCCUCUGGUGUUGUACCUGUGAACCUUAAACAUGCAGUGAUUCAGCCUCUACUCAAGAAACCUGCUCUUGAUCCUGAUAUUAUUGCAAAUUACAGGCCUAUUUCCAAACUGCCUUUUGUCUAAAAAAUUAUUGAAAAGGUAGUUUACAAGCAACUAAUAUCCUUUUUAGAAGAACACAGUAUUUUAGAAAUUUUUCCAAUCUGGUUUUAAAGCUUUGCAUAGUACAGAAUCAGCCCUUUUAAGAAUUUUUAAUGAUGCGGUUUUAGCAACUGUAUUAUCCUGCCUUUAGAUUUAACGGCUGCCUUUGAUACAGUGGAUCUUAACAUUUUAAUUUCCCGUUUAGAGCAGUUGGCGGGUGUUAGGAGUACUGCAUUGCAGUGGUUCAGAUCCUAUUUGGCAGAGCAAAUAGGAUUAUUGUAUUGGAUUAUUGUAAUACACUUUAUUGUAGGGUUAGUGAUGCGUCCAUUGGGCGUCUGCAGGUUGUGCAAAACGCUGCAGCGUGUCUUUUAACUGGAACAAAAACAAGUCUGAGCACAUUACCCCCAUUGUAAUUUCAUCCCACUGGCUACCUGUACAUUUUAGGAUCAUUUUUAAAAUGUGUUUUUAAAGCUCAUAAUGGCCUGCCUGUCAUGGUCCUGAGUCCAUGGACUCAGUGAUUUUGGGUUUGGUGUAUUAUUAUUAUUAUUAUUAUUAUUAAUAAUAAUAAUAAUAUCAUAGUGUUUAUUAUUAUUAUUAUCAUUUGUGGACUCAUGUUCUAGCUUUGGGGUGAUUUGUGUUCUGGUUCUGGGAUUAUGGGUUGGUGCUCCCUCUGUUGGACCCUGGUAUUAGGUAGGGGACACACAGGUAGGUGUCCCCUACCUGUGUGUGAUUUCCCAGUGUCCCUCUGUGUGUAUUUAUGUUGUGUGAACUCAUGUGCUCGUUACUGGUCCAUCUGUGUUUGUCUCCUGGAAAACUGUCUGUGAACUUCUCGUGAAUCCACUGUGUGCUCUCCCUGCUGUUCCCCUUCAUGUUCAGGUUUUCCGUUCAAUAGUUUAGUUUCUCCCAGUUUAGAUUAUCCUUAGUUCUGUUUAUGCCAUCCCCUCUUUGAGUUUGCCUUUUUACAAUAAACCUCCCUCGCAACUCAGUAAGUGCCUGCAUUCGAGUCCUUUUUCCCCACACAUCACACGGUUGCAGUUGCAGCCGUGACAGUACGACGUGACCACACAUGGACCCAGCGGCAUUCGCACCUUCCGAGGAGCUUCAGGAGGAAUUAAUUGACUCUGUUUCGAGGUGGAUUCAGCAGAUCAAAGAGUCAGUGAAGAUGAGUAAAGGUGCUGCAGACAGACAGAAAGCAGAAGGUGUUCAGGUCUUCACUGCUCUGAAGGAGUCUGCUGAGAGACGCCUGAAGGAGCUCAUAAAGGAGAUCGAAGACAAACAGGAAACAACAGAGAAACAGGCUGAAGGUCUGAUCAAAGAUCUGGAACAGGAAAUCUCUGAGCUGAAGAAGAGAAGAUCUGAGGUGGAGCAGCUCUCACGCUCUGAAGGCCACCUCCACCUACUCCAAAGCUUCUCGUCCCUGAAAGCUGCUCCACCCACCAAGGACUGGAGAGGAGUCGGUGUCCGUCCACCAUCAUAUGAGGGGACUGUGGCGAGAGGUGUGGCUCAGCUGGAGGAGACACUCAGGAAACUCAUGAAGAAGAAGCUGUUUGAGGCUGAGCUGAAGAAGGUCCAGCAGUAUGCAGUGGAUGUGACUCUGGAUCCUGAUACAGCAAAUUCUAAACUCAUCCUGUCUGAUGAUGAAAAACAAGUGUAUCAUAGUGAUGUGAAGAAGAAACUUCCAGACAACCCAGAGAGAUUUUCUCCAUGCCCUAAUGUUUUAGGAAAUCAGAGUUUCUCUUCAGGCAGAUUUUACUUUGAGGUUCAGGUUAAAGGAAAGACUGAGUGGACUUGGCUAGAGAAUCGAUCAACAGGAAGGGAGAAAUCACACUGUGUCCUCAGAAUGGUUUCUGGACUGUGUGGCUGAGAAAUGGAAAUGAAUACAGAGCUCUUGCUGGUCCUCCAGUCCCCCUCUGCCUUCAGUCUGGCCCUGAGAUGGUGGGGGUGUUUGUGGAUUAUGAGGAGGGUCUGGUCUCCUUUUAUGAUGUAGGUGCUGCAGCUCUUAUCUACUCCUUUAUUGGUUGUUUAUUGCUCCUUCAUUCACAAACUCCACCCAUUCUUCUGUCCCUGUAGCAAUGAUGGUGGUAAAAGCUCUGCACCUCUGAUCAUCUGUCCUGUCAAUCAAACUGAGUCGAUAAACAAAUCUUGUUUGAUGAACUAAUUGAUUUUUAUUGAAGGGAACAAAUGAACAUAUUCAGUGUAAAUACUCUACAGUUUCCAUGUUUUCUAUAGAAUCUGAUUAUCGGGAACUCUCAUUCACACUUUGAUUUGAUUCUCAUGGUUUUAAAGGUAUAAUUGAGACUUGAGCUGCCAGACAGGAGGAAAAGAGGACCCGAAAGGAGGUUCAUGGAUGUAAUGAAGGAGGACAUGCAGAGCCUUGGUGUGUCAGUUUAAAGUCUGUCAAUCUGACUGUAACUGGCUUCUGUUGCGCUUCACUUGCUUUCUUUUCAUAUAACACCACUUAAAUGUAGCUGACCACAGUCGCAGCGUCCACUCAGUUAUACGGCAAUGGCGCCCUCUAGUGGUCACGGCAGAGUUCAUCGGCACAAAAUGGGACGUUUCAGUUUUGCUCAGUGUUCAUUUUU